AUGAGGGAAACUUCUUUAAGCUUGCCUGCCAUAAAUGAUGAAGCCAUGAUUGCUACUGAGCCAGAAAUACCACAAGCCAUAGAUGUUCUUUGCUCAGAUAGUAUAGCAACUCCCGGUGAAAUACUGGGGGAUUCGUCCCAGUUUAUCGCAGGGAAAGGAUCAUAUCUGGCACCCAAUGGCCGGAAUAUUCACGCCUCCAUCACCGGCCACCGUCGUGUACUACCCCCUCCCGCCGACUCCACCGAGAAGAGGUCGACUGUGGAAGUUGUCGGUCACAAGAGCCGCGGAGCCGUUCCGGAACCUGGAGUUGUUGUCAUUGCUCGAGUGACUAGGGUAAUGGCUAGAAUGGUUUCAGCUGAUAUAAUGUGUGUUGAAUCGAAGGCUGUUAAGGAAAAAUUUACCGGUAUUAUCAGGCAGCAAGAUGUCAGGGCAACUGAAAUUGAUAAAGUUGAUAUGUACCAAUCUUUUCAACCUGGCGACGUUGUUAAAGCCGUAGUUCUUUCUCUGGGAGAUGCAAGGGCUUAUUACCUUUCCACUGCUAAGAAUGAAUUGGGAGUUGUUUCUGCUCAGAGUAUGGCAGGAGCUACUAUGGUACCAAUCAGUUGGACGGAGAUGCAAUGCCCAUCAACUGGUCAAAUUGAAAAGAGAAAAGUGGCCAAAGUACUUCAAACAUUCUUCCAUUUCAGAAUUUAGUGAAAAGGUUAUAUUUCUUGCUACUCUGAAACUGGAUUUUACCUGUUCUUGGCUUUAAACUGCUCAUUUGCUUGUCGUGACUAUCAGUUUAUCAGUUUUACCCCUGGCGAUUAUGUCUCAAUCCGAAGUGUGAGCACUUAUUUGUGACUUGCAACUGUGAUCAAUGUCCCCUUCAACUAUUUGCUCAAACUUUCAUAAUGAAUUUGCUUUUCAUUUAUGAUUUAUGUAUAAUAGAAACCAAGUGAAAUAUUCUCGCCUUUUUAUUAUUUCUAACAAU